UUAUUAUAUAUAAAUAAUGGCAUCUGGUUCAACAAAGGCUAAUGACAUUGAGAAGCUGGUGCAGCAAAGCAACUGUCUGCUACCCGAUUUGUCUAUCCGUCAGUCUGAUCUCUCCCAUCCUUCGGAGGCGAUCCUCACUAGGAUCUUCAUACAGUACUUGAAAGCCUUUGGAUUUAGAGUUGAGCCUCCUCACAAAGUGGACUGCGAAGUGUUUGACCCUUCGCGGGAAAAGCGCCUUUUCCUCAUCCGGCUUUGCCGCCAAGUAGAACGCAUUUUGCAGAUUUCAUUCCCGAAUAAGACAUACACCUAUGUUGAUAUAAUUAAUCCAGCUGGCAAAAAGACCUUGAACACCUUGGAAUUUCUUCUCAACUAUUUGGCUUACUACAAGCUCUUUAAGAAGAGCGUCUUGGGACCCGCAGAAGAGGCCGUUAAAAAGAGAGAAUCUCUAUAUGCCGAGUUCACAGCUAAAUCGUCGGAGUUAGAGCAACGUAAACAGAAGGCUUCUACGAUUAAGAGCGAAAUGGAAGUCUGUCAAACCCACAUAGAGCAACUGAAGAAGGAUCUGGUCCAAGGACAGACGGAACUCGCCCAAAAGAAAAAACCCCUAGGCGACUUAACAAACGAUGUGGAGCUCCUCGAGCAGCAACAUGGGGAGCUCAACAAAAGGAUUUCCCACUUGGAACAACAAGUGGUUGGGGAAAACCAAGUAAUGGAUCUCAAAAAACAAAUUCAGGGCAUAAACUCGCACAUUGAGAGCUGUAAAAUGGAACUGGCCAACAAGGAGAAGGUCUUCAAUGAUCAGCGCCAACAAAUCGAGUCCAGCCAGGAAAUGGUGGCCGAAAUUGAGAAAGCCGUAACCAUACUUCCGUCCAAUGUAAUCGAGGAUUACAAGAAAAGCUGCAAGCAACUGGAGGCGAUAGAAAAGGAGUUGGCUCAGGUUAAAAUACAAGAACAGAAAAGUGUUUACGAGGUGACCGAAAAGCAGCAAGAAAUACAGGAGACAGACAAGCAGCUCCAGAGCCGAAAAAAGCUCUUAGAUGAGCAGGAUAACAAGACCCAGAAGCAAAUAGAAGAGCGUAAGGCCAAGAUUGACGAUCUAGAAAAGAUAUUGGAGAAGCAGGAGAAAAAAAAUCAAGAUCUAGAGGUCGAAAUCGAUAACGAGGACCAGAUCCAUGCAGCACUUGAAGAUAACAUAUGCCAGGCGCUUGGGGAUGAUUGGCAUUCCCCCGAAGAUGUAUAAUCUUUCACUUUCACUUAAUAUAUUGAUUUUAUUCUACAAACUGUAAAA